GAAAGCGUUGUUUCGGCCUCCACUCCCACAUUUCUGCCAGGAGUCUUUAGUCGUAAUUCGGACUCGGAUCUCUACUCACUCUCCCUAUUCGAAGAUCUAAAUCCUCUCUCCCGUCUCUCAUGGCUCCCGCCGCUCCCAAGUCCGGUGAUGCGAUUUUCGCCAGUGUUGAUCGCGUGAAUGCGGAGCUGUUUACUCUGACGUACGGCGCUAUCGUGCGCCAAUUGCUCACCGAUCUGGAGGAGGUGGAUGAGGUCAACAAGCAGCUCGAUCAAAUGGGAUAUAAUAUUGGGGUCCGGCUAGUAGAUGAAUUUCUCGCGAAAUCUAAUGUAUCGAGAUGUGUUGAUUUUAGGGAAACAGCUGAAGUCAUCGCCAAGGUUGGAUUCAAAAUGUUCUUGGGGGUCACUGCAUCUGUCACGAACUGGGAUACGGAAGGGACAACCUGCAGUUUAAUUUUGGAGGAUAAUCCUUUGGUAGACUUUGUUGAGCUUCCGGAUACCUGUCAAGGUCUUCAUUAUUGCAACAUUUUAAGUGGAGUUGUCAGAGGAGCUCUAGAGAUGGUGUCUAUGAAAACUGAGGUCACAUGGCUGCGUGACAUGCUCAAAGGAGACGACGUAUUCGAGUUGCAGGUGAAGCUUCUGAAGCAAAUCCCUGAGGAGUACCCCUAUAAAGAUGACGAGUAAAAUGCUUCCUUUGACCUAAGUACCGAAAAAUCUAGUAUCCUUGUAAGUUGACUUCUUCAUUUGGAAAUUUUAUACCUCCUCUAGUUUAGAUACCUCUAGCCAGUAAAUUUGAUCGUGUGGGCAUUUU